UGAAAUGACUGGGUUGGACCGUUGGACCGAGCUUGGGUUGACGUUGAUAACGACUGACGAGUCUAACGAGUCGACUCAUUAUCUACUCGUCCAUCUUCACAGAGCAACGGACUGCAACUUCGGAGUUCGAUCUCCCGCCUGAUUACAACCACGGCGGAUACCCUGGUUUAAGGAGAAAAGGAAGAUCGGAUUGAACAGGAAGAAAAAGAUGCAAAAUCUGCAUCGCCUCCUCGCUCGACUCUCGAUAUCAGAGUCGACGAUCAUCGGAAGGUGGCAUAAAGCAUCCCUAAUCACAUUGUUGGGAGGAUCAAGUUCAAGAGGUUUCUCUACAAAAUCUGGAAGCGGUGGCGGAAAUGAGGAUGUUUGGGAGAAAGGAUGGGAGAGCAUUGGGGGAUCGUCUUCGUCUUCUGGGAAAGAACCUGGCGGGAACUCCUCUGGUCUCGGUUGGGACACUGUUUCAUCGUGGUCUACCGGACUGACCAAGGAACAUUUCGAUGGUGAGGCAGUGGGUCGUCAGGUAUCUCCCGGAUCCGGCGACGGGGCACCUUCCUUUACUUCGACAGUUCCGGAAUCGGAUUUAAGUGAUGAAGUGGCGGAGUUGGAGAAGGAGAACAGGAGGAGCAAGGAGUUCGUGGACGGUUGGAGAGAGAGGAUGAAGGAGAUAAGCGUUUUGCUGAAGCAGGUGAGAGAACCCGGAGCUAGGGGUUCGUAUCUGAAGGACUCGGAAAAGGCGGAAAUGUAUCGCCUACAUAAAGAGAAUCCCGAAGUGUAUACGGUCGAGAAAUUGGCCAAGGAUUACCGGAUUAUGCGGCAGAGGGUACAUGCCAUUCUGUGGUUGAAGGAACUCGAAGAGGAAGAGGAGAAGAAGUUAGGCCACCCAUUGGAUGAUUCUGUUGAGUUACUGCUUGAUACUUGUCCAGAAUUUUUCAGUUCUCAUGACAGGGAAUUCCACGUGGCUUCCCUUCCUUACAAGCCUGAUUUCAAGGUCAUGCCUGAGGGAUGGGAUGGCACUGCCAGAGAUCCUGAUGAGGUUCAUUAUGAAAUAUCUAUGAAGGAGGAUGAGAUGUUAUACCAAGAAUUUGUCCAAAGAAUGAAUUUCAACAAAAAGAAGGUUGCUGGUGAGGUAAAAUGCCACAAAUAUAGUAGGAGGCGCCCCUCAGAAGGCUGGAACUUCAAAGUUGAGAAACUAGGUCCACGUGGAAAGCGAGGAAGUGGAGGUGGCUGGAAAUUUGUCAGCUUACCUGAUGGUUCCAGCCGCCCAUUGAAUGAAAUGGAGAAGAUGUAUGUGAAGAGGGAGACAGUCAAACGCCGCCGUAGGAUACUUCCUUGAUCUGUCCUUGAGUGAAUUCUUCAAUAAUUCAAGGCAGCUGACUCUUUGUCAUCCAAGCUCCUCGAACAAGCAAGAAAUUCAGUCUGCUUUUGCUUUGAGUUUAACAAAGACUCUCAUUCUUCCUGUGGACUAUGGGUAGUAGCACAGGACAACUGGUUAUCCUGGUCUAAGCAGUUUUAUAGUCUUGGGCAGGAUUAUCUCAAAUUUGCCAAUAAUAGCUUAUGGCUUGGGUUGGUCGUUUAGACUUUAGAAUUGGAUCAGCGUAACUCAUGUUUCCUCUGUUACUGAAGAAGGUAAUGUGGCAGAAUGAGAUAGUUUAUGUAGAAAGUAAAUCUGAAAAUGCAUUUUUGCAUUUUUUUUAGUACUUAUUUGGAUCUCCACGACUCCCUAUAUAUGAAACUUAUUUUUUUGGGUAUCAAAUAAAUCACAUCUGGAGACAUUUACUUGCACUGGUUUCGGCUCUGUAUGUAUAUACAGUGCAGCUCUUUGGAUUUGAUCCUUAUUUUCGUGCGGACUAACUA